GGGAAGCACCGUGCGUAACGGGAGAGUCGUGCGUAACUGGAGACAGAUUUUUACUCCAUUUUGCGCUGGGAUUGUGAGGACCACUGGCGGUGUAACGCUCACUUGCAAGGGACACUGACCACUGGAUCCCAAAUACAUUUCUCGUUUGGAACAUCUAUCAGCUCGUCUUUUCUCCCUCCCUCUCUCCACUCUACGCCAGUCGUAUCCUACGUCAGAGCUGACAUGACGACCGAGACCCCUCAGCAGCAGCUGGACCCUCCGCCUCCUCUGAGAUCCAGCCCGGCGUCCGGCGCCCUGCACCCCGCCAUGCUGAGCCCACAGGCCGCCACAGAAAGUUCGUCCAACGCCAUUAAAGGAAAGAAAGCGAGCUCCGGGUUAAGGCGACCAGAAAAGCCGCCGUACUCCUACAUCGCUCUCAUCGUUAUGGCAAUACAAAGCUCCCCCACCAAAAGACUGACACUCAGUGAGAUCUACCAGUUCCUCCAGGCUCGCUUCCCGUUCUUCAGGGGCUCGUAUCAGGGCUGGAAGAACUCCGUCCGGCACAAUCUCUCGCUGAACGAGUGCUUCAUCAAGCUGCCCAAAGGGCUGGGCCGGCCGGGGAAAGGCCACUACUGGACCAUCGACCCGGGCAGUGAGUUCAUGUUCGAGGAAGGCUCGUUUCGUCGCAGACCCAGAGGCUUCAGAAGAAAAUGUCAAGCUCUGAAGCCCAUGUACCGGAUGAUGAACGGCAUAGGCUUCGGCACCUCCAUCCUCCCGCAGAGUUUUGACUUUCAAGCUCCAUCCGCCACUCUCGCCUGUCACGGAAACGGCUACAACUUGGACAUGAUGAGUAAUUCAAUGGCCGGAGGAUACGACGGGCUGAGCGGCGGCCACCACGUGCCCCACAUGUCCCCGAGCCCCGGUUCCACGUACAUGGCGAGCUGUCCUGUGCCGUCGAACGGGGAGUACGGGCCGGACAGCAGCAGCAGCCCGGUACCCUCCUCUCCAGCGCUGGACGGCCACUCCCCGUACGCCAGUUCAUCCGCACACUGGGCGUCCUCCGGCGGGUCCCCCUACAUCAAGCAGCAGCCUCUGACCUCCAGCAGCCCCGCAUCCUCCGGUUUACACUCCGGCAUGUCGCCUUAUUCUCUGGAGCAGAGCUAUCUUCACCAGAACGGCAGGGACAGCCACAGCACCGACAUAUCAGUGGGGAUUCCACGUUAUCAGAGCCAUUCCUCGGUGUGCGACAGGAAAGAUUUCGUGUUAAACUUCAACGGCAUCUCGUCCUUCCACCCCUCGGCUGGCGGAUCCUACUACCACCACCACCACCACCACCACCCCCAGAGCGUCUGUCAGGACAUCAAACCCUGCGUGAUGUGA